GAAUGUCCCUCAGCUGAUCUUCCAUAUGAAACUCAGCGUGAGCUUUAGGGAUUGUGUUUGUCAGCGAGAGAAUUCAUUUGGGCAGUAACAAGCUGUUUUUUCCAUGCAAAGCAGACAUUGGUGACCUUAUCUCGACAGGAGGUGCCCUGUGAUGAAAACUAUUUAACCACACGUUUCUGGAGAAAGCCAUUGAGAGGUCCGGAAGCUCUUCCUUCUAAAGCAAUUCAUUUUGAAAUGAUGAACUUCGUUACGUUUGUUUGUCUGCUUCUGUGGACGACGGUGUCUUCUUUCAGAUAUGAUGAGUUGAAACAGUAUGUGGACACCCAUGAAGAGGACUUUAUAGAGACCCUGAGACGGUGGGUCGCUGUAGAAAGUGACUCCAGUGACGUCACGAAGAGAUCCGACUUGCACAGGAUGAUGGACAUGACGGCAGAGAAACUGCGCCUCAUCGGAGGACAUGUGGAAAUGGUGGACAUCGGAUUGCAGACGUUGACCAAUGGAAGCACCAUCGCGCUGCCCAAAGUGGUGACAGCUCAGUUUGGUAACGAUUCUAGUAAAUACACCGUUUGUGUUUAUGGUCACGUGGACGUCCAGCCGGCCAAGAAAGAGGACGGAUGGGCAACAGACCCUUACGAACUGACCGACAUCUAUGGAAAUCUAUAUGGAAGAGGAGCAUCUGACAACAAAGCGCCAGUGUUGGCCUGGAUCCAUACAGUGGAGGUCUACAGAGCCCUCAACAUUGAGCUGCCUGUGAAUGUUAAAUUCAUCAUUGAAGGCAUGGAAGAGACCGGAUCUAACGGUUUGGAUGCCAUGAUUGUGGCUCAGAAAGACUCAUUCUUCACAGAUGUAGAUUACAUCAUCAUCUCUGACUGUGGUUGGCUCAGUAGACGACCAGCGCUGACAUACGGCACCAGAGGAAACUGCUACUUCUUUGCUCAGGUGGAGGGACCGAAGCAGGACUUACACUCUGGUGUUUAUGGAGGCACAGUGAUUGAACCAAUGACAGACCUGAUCGGCAUCUUAGACAAACUCAUCAGCCCGAGUGGGACGAUCCUGAUCCCUGGCAUAAGAGAAGCUGUCGCGCAUCUUUCUGACGAGGAAUGGAAGAUGUAUCAAGACAUUGAAUUUGACGUGGAGAACUACAAGGAAAAGAUCGGCGUCAGUGAGCUCAUGUACAGCAACAAGGUCGACCUGCUCGCCCAUCGCUGGCGUCACCCAACUGUGUCUAUCCAUGGCAUAGAGGGGGCGUUCUCUGCACCCGGCACUAAGACUGUCAUACCGGCCAAAGUUACGGCUAAGUUUUCCAUUCGCCAGGUACCGAAUAUGGAUCCAGCCAUGGUUGAAAAACAGGUGACAGAUUAUCUCCAUUCUGUGUUUGCCAAACGAAAGAGUCCCAAUAAACUCAAUGUCAGCAUGGUUAUUGGAGCCAAGCCUUGGUUAGCUGAUAUCAACCAUCCACUGUAUGAAGCCGGAAAAGCAGCGGUCAAGAGAGUUUUUGAUGUAGAGCCUGACCUGAUCCGUGAGGGAGGCACGAUUCCCGUCGCCAGAACUUUUCAGGAUGAGACGGGCAAGAGCAUCAUCAUGCUCCCCAUCGGCGGCUUCGACGACGGCCUUCAUUCGCAGAAUGAGAAGAUAAGCAGGUACAACUACAUUGAGGGAACCAAACUGUUUAUUGCCUACUUGAAUGAAGUGUCCCAGAUCAAGAAGCUUUAAUCAGAUGAAUCAGUGUUUCACAUCCUAAACUGUAAUUUGUAACCUUCAAAUAUCACCAUUUUGUAUUGGUUGAAAUAUCUGCCCUGUAUUUCCCCCUUUUAUUGCAUCUUCUGUCUGUGGAGCUGGCAACAUUUGUGUGACUGGCAUAUAUUAAUUAAAGAAAUGUUUUGCAAUGCAUAUGCAGUGUU